AUGUGCUGGGCAGACUUCACCACCCGCUGUAGAGCCUUACGGCUCAGGGCGGUGCAGCUGCCAUACCAGGCGGUAAUGCAGCCAGUCAUUGCUGAACUAAAAGACCGAUGGCCUGCACUCUUUUCUGAAGCGCAACUCUACACUGAAUUCCACAGGAUCACCAAUCAAAAUCUGCCAUAUUCCUUCUAUACUGCCCUUGACAAGUACACACCACUGCUGCUAAAGCUUUACAAAAAGAAGAAAACAGGAAGUUUUGCAGAGAAGAUGGAAGAUGUUAUUAUUGCAUAUAAUGAUCAGGACAAGAACAACAUCCCUACAGCUCGAACGACAGCCCUGGCCGGCCUACCCCUCUACUUAAAGGAGGAUUCUUCAGAGGUCUUCAAAACUUGCAAGGAUGAGUUGGAGGCAACAGUGGCCCUGGUUGCAGUGGUGGAUGAAGCGGAGGUGCCAGCAGGAGUUCCCUUUGAAACUCACCAUGUGUCGAUAGUCCUCGAAGAUCAGGUUGUAAUGUCUCACAGAUCUUGGACUGAUUCACUGGUAAUUUUGUUUGGACUGAUCUAUGCUCUACAUUUGAACUACCCUGAGAAGCUGAGUGGCUUCUUUGAGUUCAUCCAGGUUGUCCUCUUAAAUCUUGAUGAUGGGAGAAGGCAGCUCAAAGCUAAGUUGCAGUCUUGAGAAAUGAGUAGGUUGUCGGUAGCUUAUAAUGUUGAAUGUCAGCAUCGUUUUUUGCUGGCAUGCCAAAUACUGGUAGCUAAUGACAUGAAUAUAGAGUAAACUAUGGCACCACUGAUUUGUGUGUUAAAAUAGAUCCUAUUCUUGGAUUGCUUCUGUGGUGUUCUCACUUCUCUUAUUUACCACAUGGAAGUAUUUUGAAUUUAUAUUUAUAUUCUUUUUAUAUGAGCCUCAUUUUCAUUGUUAUUUCCAGCAUAUAAAUGUUAUUGUAUACAAAAUGUUAUUCAACAGCUUCAUUGUAAAACAAUAUUGGCACAGAAUCCAAGGGUAUCCAAAUGUUGACGUUAAAAAUGUUUUCUUUUGUAAGCUACUGACACUUUGGUUGAGCCCUUUAAACUGUUUACUUAAAAUUUGCCCUGCUUUAUGUUAUACAGUUCAUCGUUAUGGGCAUAAGAAUGUGCUUAGUCUGCUGUAGCCUUUAAGAUUGCAUAUGUGAAAAAUCGGAGAGAUAUUUCUUUGAAUUUCAGUAGCUGGUUGCAUCGAAAUGUGAACAACAAAAUAAAUUGCUCAAACUGAG